UGAAAAUUGACGACGACGUCAUAUUUUACUCUCAGUUGCCACCCAGAACAACAACGCAGAGCUGCAGGUUACUUCAAAGUCCAAAGACCCUCAAAACACAUCCUCGAUCAAACACCAAUUACAUAAGGCAAGAUGAAUUUGGAUGAGUACUUCAAAAGAAUUGGUUUCCAUGGCUCCUAUGAUAAACUGGAUCUUGCAACACUGAAGCUGAUCCACAGGCAGCAUGUUAUGUCCAUUCCAUUUGAGAACCUCAGCAUCCACUGUGGAGAGAAGAUUACCAUGGACCUUGAGGUCAUCUUUAACAAGAUGGUGAGGAGCAGCCGUGGAGGUUGGUGCCUUGAGAACAACUCCCUGUUUGGCUGGGUACUGAGACAAAUGGGCUAUGACACUACAACCCUGGGCUCCAGAGUUUUUAGCCCUACUGGUGGUGAAUAUCACUCUGAGGAAACACACCUCAUUAACAAGGUCAUCAUUGAUGGGAAGGCUUAUAUAGCAGAUGUAAGUUUUGGGGUGUCACUCCAACUCUGGGAGCCUCUGGAGCUCAUCUCUGGAAAGGAGCAGUCUCAGGCGGCGGGUGUCUUUCGCCUCAUAGACAAGGGGGACAUGUGGAUGCUGGAGAAAACUGGCAGGAAACCAGAGGUUCCUAAUCCAGAAUUUGCUAAAUCAAGUCUGUUAGACAAGAAGCAAACACAGGUGAUUUACUCCUUCACCUUGGAGCCUCGUGAGCCAUAUCAUUUCUCUCAGGUAAACCAUGACCUCCAGUCAGACCCCACCUCACUGUUCAUCAAUAAGUCCAUCUGCUCUUUGCAGACACCCACAGGAUUCAGAGCACUGGUUGGCUGGACCUACAGUGAGGUCACCUUCAAACCAGAGGAAGGUGUUGAUGUGUAUGACAUGAGAAAUGUAACAGAUGAUGAGCUAGAAGAAAUUCUGAGGGAAAAGUUCAAUGUGAAGCUGCAGAACAAACUGAAGGCUGUAAACAAAAAAGCAUGCUACACACUUUAGAGAAUUAACCAGCAGACGUCCUGCUUUGAAAAAGCUUUAAAACAGUAAUCAGAAUUAAAAUCAGAAUACUUUAUUAAUCCCUAAGGAAAAUUCUGCAAAUCAAGCUUUGCAAAAUUUCUGUUUUUGAAAAGUUAUAAGUCACAUUGAAUGUCACGUUUCAUAUGAUGCAUUUCUAUGACUGAAAGAAGUAAAGUCACUUUUUCAAUGUGUUGUUUCAUUUUAUUCACACACACUUUUGCAGGUCCAGAGUUGGAAAUAUUUUAGUGACCACAUAAGGAGAU